AUGAGCUAUGCGCUAUUUGUGGCGAUAAAUCAACUAGAACACAUUACGGAGUGCUUUCAUGUAAUGGAUGCAGGGGCUUUUUCCGGCGAACGAUUCUCAAAAAUCAAAAAUUCACAUGUCGUUUCAACGAAGCAUGCACAAUCGACAAAAAUUUUCGAUGCGCUUGUCGAUAUUGUCGUUCCAAAAUUUGAACAUGACUCAAUUGGUCCUAUUAAGCGUCGUCGUGAACCAUUGCUGUUACGAACUGGCGAAAAUAGUGAAACGGGAAACGACUUUUCUGAAACACAAUGCUGUAACAGUCGAUUGAUAAGCUAUUUGUUCCAGGUUGAUUGGGCAAAAGGUUUGGAACCGUUCUUCGACUUAAUUAUGGAUAACAAAGUUAUUUUGCUUAAAGAUUAUGCGCCACAGCAUUUGAUUCUGGUACCAGCAUUUUGUUCACCGGAUACAACUCGUACUUACCUUUCCAAUAACACAGGCAGGAAUCACGAGGAGGGCAUCGAAUUUGACGGUUUAUCGGCAUUCAAAACAAGCAACAUUAUGCCACGUGUGAUGGAUGAAAUAGUGUGGCCAAUGAGACAUUUGCAAAUGAGAGAAGAAUUUGUUUGCCUGAAAGCUUUGGCUUUUCUUCAUCCUGAAGCGAAAGGACUUUCUCCACCAACUCAAACGGCAUUACGUGAUGCUCGUAAUCGAAUACUUAAAGCUCUAUAUUGCUACAUUUUGGCGCAGAUGCCUGAGGAGGCACCGAUACGUUACGGCAAUAUUUUGUUGCUUGUAUCAACCCUUAAAGCUUUGGCACAAUUUAUUCUAGAUAGUUCUACUGAUGAGGCGCGAGCAAGACCUUUAUUACGCCAACGCCUUACUUCGGUUCCACCAGCCAAUAUAUUCACAGAUAUCGAUGCACAGCAGCAUCUGAUGACUGUUUUGUAG